CCUACAGCGUGGCGCGCGCUACCUCUCCGGAACCUACGGGUCGGCCACUGCGGUGCCGGUCGGAAUUACCCAGCGACGCACGCUAACAUGGCUGCGCUGGUGCUGAGAGGUGUCCGGGAGCUGCUGAGGCGUGCGGACUUCGCUACAGCCCCGCGGAGACAUCGACAUAAGAAGAAAUGGGCUACCACAGAGCCCAAAUUCCCUGCCACUCGACUGGCUCUGCAGAAUUUUGACAUGACCUAUGGUGUGCAGUUUGGGGAUCUUUGGCCAUCAAUCCGGGUCAGUCUCCUCUCAGAGCAGAAAUACGGUGCACUGGUCAAUAACUUUGGCACUUGGGAUCAUGUGAUUGCUGAGCUGGAGCGCCUGAGUGCCAGGGACUUUGUAAAUGAAGCCUUCUCCCACUGGAAACUGGAACCUGAAAAGGGCCAACCUGUAGCAUCAGCCCCAGCUCCAGUCUCCUGGGCCUGCAGUCCGAACCUUCAGUGCUUCACUUUUGCCAAAGGGGAUAUCAGCUGCUUCCCUCGUGCCAGGCUUGGCAGCCUGGGUGUCCUGGACUACUACCUGAUGGACGCUGCCUCCUUGCUGCCCGUCCUGGCCCUUGGCCUGCAGCCUGGGGACACUGUGCUUGACCUGUGUGCAGCCCCCGGGGGAAAGACAUUAGCGUUGCUUCAGACUGGCUGUUGCCGCAAUCUCGCUGCCAAUGAUCUCUCCACUUCCCGAACAGGCAGACUACAGAAGGUCCUUCAUAGCUAUGUGCCUGAAGAUAUCAGGGAUGAGAGUCGAGUUCGAGUUACCUCAUGCGAUGGCAGGAAGUGGGGAGAACUGGAGGGAGACACCUAUGAUCGGGUUCUGGUAGAUGUGCCCUGUACCACAGACCGCCACUCCCUUCACGAGGAAGAGAACAACAUCUUUCAACGGUCGAGGAAGAAGGAGCGUCAGAUUUUGCCUCUGCUGCAGGUGCAGCUUCUUGCGGCAGGACUCCUUGCCACCAAACCAGGAGGCUACGCUGUCUAUUCCACCUGUUCACUCUCACACUUACAGAAUGAAUAUGUGGUGCAAGGUACCAUCGAGCUCCUGGCCAAUCAAUACAGCAUUGAAGUUCAGGUUGAAGACCUGACUCACUUCCGAAAGCUUUUCAUGGACACAUUCUUUUUCUUCCCAUCCUGCCAGGUGGGAGAGCUGGUAAUUCCAAACCUCAUGGCCAAUUUUGGGCCUAUGUACUUUUGCAAAUUGCGUAGACUGACAUAGUAUCACCCUGUCCCUAAGGCCCUGGUGUAGGAAGAGAAAGAGUGUACUCUGUUGGAGGGUACCAGAAAGUGAAACCAGUGGUGGAGAUGCACUCCGGGUCCUGUCUGCAUCCUAUCCAAGUCUUUCUGCAGAUAGUUUUCAGCAGAGAAAGUGGGAGUUUUUCUGUCCUGCUUUCUAGUUAUGGACCAUCAGCGGGUUUCUAACCUAUUCGUGCCCUACCCUCUACGUGUCUCCAAGCCUAUGCUAAAGGUUCCUGCCCCAUUGGGGGCUUGAGAGGAGGAAUCAGUGAGCCUGGCUACAUAUGAAGCUGCAAACCUGGGAAGAAGCCUUUAGUCAGUAAAAAUUUUUGAAGCUCCACAGAGCUGAUACUAUAGUUGGAGGCCUCAUGUCAGUCCAAGUACUGUUGGUUCCAUUGGUACCAGCAGCUCCUGAGCACUGACUGCUAGGAUUAGUUGCCCAAAUCCCAGAACCUCAGCCUCCUUACAGGCUUCUGGUUACAGAGCCACCUGACCAGUCUGGAGCAGCCUAUAGGCCCAAACAAGCUUACCUCAUUUCUUCAUAUGGCCUAUGAUCUGAUUAAGGAAAAAGUAACUAAAAAUGUUAAGCCAGUGUACAAUCUGCUUACUUACUCACAUUGAAAAAGCUCUUCUGAGCUAAAUAAUUCUAGCAAGUCUUCCUGCUGUCACCAGUACUGCUGCCCAAAUGUGACUAGGAAAGCUGCUCCUGCCACAGGGCUACCAUACUCUUUUGUAUGUUUCUUCCUUUGUUCAUUCAUCUAGCAAGUAUUCCUUGAGAUCCUGCUGUAUGACAAGUAGCUAGGAUGCUGCUGGAGAUGUAGCAAUUGAGACUGUGGGAGAUAAUCAGCUCUCUUCAUUCUUUGGAAUGGCAGAUGUCAUCCUCCUGCUUUCUGAACACCUUGGAAUCUCCUAAUGUCUUUGGUUUUGUUUUGUUACACAUAUAUAUACAUAUACAUAUACAUAUGUAUAUAUAUAUAUAUAUUUUUUUUUUUUUUCGGUUCCUGGUCUGUGGCUGAAUUCUGGUGCCAGUUCUUUGACCACCCUGAAAUCCCUCAGAUUUGCCUCAACGUUACAGGGCCUCACCUCACACAGUGUGUGUUCAGGGACAACAUUACAUCAUUUACCAACUGUAUGCUAGUUAUGUUGUUUUUGUAAUUUUAGCCAAAAAAAGGUAAUCCUUUAAUUGCAGAGACAUUAAAAAAUACUGUGGUCACUCGCAGAUACUGCUGUCUUUCUUUUUUAAAGAUUUUCUUUUUAAACAGGUUCUCGUACAUAAUUUUAGAAUACUUGAAGGUUUCCUGGCUCUUUCUAAUUCUCUUAUCCUCUUCUUCAUUUCUGCCACUCCCUUUGUCCUUUAUGCCUUUCCUGCUAAUCCUCAUUUGGAGGUGUCAGCUGAGAAGUACUUUAGAUGAGGUUAAGCUUUCUCCUUUCUUGGGAUUUGCAUUUUAAGUACCCCGGAAGACCUUCCAGAUUUGAAGUCAAGUGAAGCUAGGAGCCCCAGGAAGCUUGGCUGGUGCUCUGACUAGGACCCUACCAAAAAAAAAAUCAAACAAACCCAAAAUCGACAAAAGUCGAUUCCAACUCAUAGUGACCCUAUAGAACAGAGUAGAACUGCCCCAUAGAGUUUCCAAGGAGCACUUGGCGGAUUUGAACUGCUGAACUCUUGGUUAGCAGCUGUAGCACUUAACCACUACACCACCAAGGUUUCCAAGAUAGGACCCUAACUAGCCUCCAUAUAUGACAGGUGAUCCCCGUUAGCUGUUUACUUUGUGCUUGUAUUUGCUGAGGCUGGGAGGCCUCAGAUGCAUGUGUUUUUGCCCUUGGCUGCCUGGGUGUCCAGCCUUUGCUAGUAGAAUGCUAAGCAGUGGUAAUUCAAGAGGAGACAGUCUCUUGCCCCUGGGCUUUCAGUCUAACUGGAGAUAGACAAACCCAGAUUAGAAAAGCAGAGAACUGCUUUGGAAAACUGUUUGAUCCACCCCUGUAAUUGGACAUUCAUGUACCCUACAACCCAGUCAUUCUAACACUAGGAAUAAAUCCAGGGGAAACUCAUACAUGUACAAGAAUGUUUGUAGCAGCCCUAUUCACAAGAGUAAAAACCUGGGAACAACCCAGGUGCCCAUCAGCAAGAGAACAGAUGAAUAAACUGGAAUGUCCCCGCAGUGAAAUAUUAUGCAGCUAUCAAAACAAAUGAACUAUACUGAUAUAUAACAGUAUGGAUGAAUCUUAGCAAUAAAAUAUUCAGUAAAAAAAGUUAGUCCAAAAAGAUUAAAUGUAGCAUGAUGCCUGUUAUGGAUUGAACUGUCCCCUAAAAGUAUGUUGUGUAAAUCCUAACCCCUACACCUAUGGAUGUGAUCCAGUUUGGGAAUAGAGUUUUCUUUGUUACGUUAAUAAGGCCAUAUCAGUGUAGGGUGUGUCUUAAACCAAUCACUUUAGAGAUAAAAAAAAAGAGCAGAUUAGGCAAAGAAGCACCAAGGGGGAAGGUAGAUGCCAUGACCAACACAUGAAGAUCACCAGGGCACAGAUGCUAAAAAGAGACAAGGAUCUUCCCCCAGAGCCUACAGAAAGAUAAAGCCUUCCCCUAUAACCAGUGCCCUCAAUUUGGACUUCUAGUCUCUAACUGUGAGAAAAUAAAUUUGUUUGUUAAAGCCACCUACUUGUGGUGUUUUUGUUAUAGCAGUACUAAGAAACUAAGACAAUGUCCUUUCUUAAAAUUUUUUUUCCUUUGUUUUAUUUGUUAUUAUUUACAUAUACACCCUCUCCUCACUUAUCAACAUGGUUAGGUUCCAAAGACCAGGCCAUUAUGUGAAAAUUGGCAGCAUGCAAAAAUGGAGGAUGAGUACAUCAUUAUACAACUGCCAAACGACAUCAUUAUAUAACUGCCAAGCCAUUGAGAAUCACGGCCCAGCCAAGAUGACACAUAACUUUAACCAUCAGCCAGCAUUACUCUCUCCUCACACCUCAGUGUUCAUUACUGCCAGACAUAUGAUGUUAAGGUGCAAAUAGUCACAUAGUAGAUUUUUUUAUUACUGUUGCAAAUGUAAAAUGUCAGAUAACAGGACAGUUAAUAAGUGAGGAGAAGGUGUAAUAAAAUUCACCAAUUUUGAAUGUACAGUUUGAUGAAUUUUGAUAAUUAUAAUAGUAUAACCACAAUCACCAUCAACAUAUAGAAUAAUUCUCUAAUUCUACUUUUCUACUGCUAUGUGAAGAAACCCAGG